CCAGUUUGCCAGGAGCUCGCCCAGGGAAUUCACUCACACCACUUCUCCCUCGCACCACGUGUGGCCCGGGAACAACCCCUCUGCUCCCCGCUUGCUUUCCUGUGCAAGCGAUAAGGAGGAAAUCCGUCCCAGACAGCCGGACAGAGAGCUCACCCCUGCCCCAUGGUGCAGCCAGUCCGAGUCGCCAGCUCGCAGGACGUUAAUUAGAGGUGGCCGCCAAUUAAGAGCGGAACAGUUCAUGCCAGUGCCAGGGCUGCCUGGCGCCGGAUCAAGAGAAACAACCCCUCGGUGUUUACACUGCGGAGUAACCCGACAUCCCGUAACUCCGCGUUACUCACUGCGGUGACCUCAUCCUGUGCCCGCCUGCUACAAGCGCUCGUAAUUACACCUCACCGGCUGCUCUUCCCUCUCCACGGCAGAUACGAGGAAUAAUUAAUAAUGUGUAUCUAUGGAGUAGAGCUCGUACCCCCCCCCUCCCAUCCCCGACCCGCAAGCUGGAAGCAGGACCGGGUCCGUUACCUGCGCUCGCCCCCCGCUCGGCAGCCGCGGCUCUCCCAUGGCUCUGCCCGCCGGGCGGUGGGGACCGGGGGCUCCGGGGGGAUCUUCUGCCGGGCUGCAACAGAAAAGCUGCCGGGGCUCUCGGAGCGGACAAGGGAAUCCUGCGGCCCCCGGAUGCUGCGGGAGGAGCUGCCGGGGCUGCCCGGUCCCCGCAGCCCCAAGCGGGGACGGGGGAACCGAGACUCCGCCGGGCUGGACCGCAGGAGCGGGUCGGAGAUGCUCGUGGUCCGCGUCGUUCCCCCCCCUCCACACCUCCCAGCGCUUUCCAUCACAAAAGCGGCUUCUUGCCUGCAGGAGCCGGUGCCGUUGGAGCCCGGGAGGGAAGGAAGCAGCCCCGGCCCGGCGGAGGGAGCGCGCUGCCGGCACGGUGCUGCCAGCGCGGCUCGCCCGCCCCGCCGCCUCCCUCCCCUCUCCAUCCAUCCCUCCCUCGCCGCCUUCCUCCACCACAUCCUCCUCCUCCUCCUCAUCCCCUCCCGCUCUGUCCCGGCAAUCCCGCUCCCCCAUCUGAGGGGGGGGGGACCUGAGGGCAGCCCGAGCAGCUUCCCUCGGGAUUGGGAAGCGGAAGGGGGGGCUGCAACCGGGGAAGGGGAGUCAGAGGGACCCGUCCGCUUCCGCCCGCUGCUGCGGCAGGGAGAGGAGGGGGAAAGAGGAUCCGGCACCCCCUCGACGGCCCCGAUUACCCCAAACGCAUUAUCACUGCCGUGGCAAUCUGCAAGUCUGAGCCCUUGCGCUAAAAGGGAGAAAGACAAAGUCCUCCUUCAUUCUGCUGCAGGCAAGGCAAAACGAGCAGGCAAGCGAGAUCCCGAGAUCCGCAGAGCCCCGUCCCACUUCCCUGGGAUGAUGGCCUAA